GAACUGAGAGGGCCCUGGCGGCGGCGGGCGGCGGCAGGGAGGGCAGGAGGGCGGCACAGCGGAGCCGCUGCCGGCAGCGCCGACGGCUCGGGGCCGAGCUCCGGGCCCCGGGGCGCUGCCGCCGCCGCCUUCUGGCCGCAGGACAGCUGUUCUGGGUUGUGGCAGACUUCAGCACUACCACGAUCCUGGUUUCAACAGUGACCAGUCGCUGCCUUCACAAGCUCUGAGACUGCCAUCCAGCCGUUCUGGAAACUGUGUGUGCGCGAGUCCUUGGUGGAGGUUGCAUAUAUACAUGUUUUCAUGAAGAGAAGUGAGAAACCAGAAGGUUAUAGACAAAUGAGGCCUAAGACUUUUCCUGCCAGUAACUAUACUGGCAGCAGCCAGCAGAUGCUACAGGAAAUACGAGAGAGCCUCAGGAAUUUACCUAAACCCUCAGAUGCUGCUAAAGCUGAUCACAGCAUGGGGAAAAUGUCAUCUGAAGAUCCUAGACAAGGCCGAAAUCCCCCCAAAUUUGUAACAUAUCACAAAGUUUUGCAGGAGAUAAGAAACUCUCUUCUGCCUUUUGCAAAUGAAACAACCUCAGCUGUCAAAGGAACAUCAGAAGUUAAUCGUCAAAUGCUGCAAGACUUACAAGCUGCUGGCUUUGAUGAGGAUAUGGUUAUACAAGCUCUUAGACAAACUAACAACCGUAGUAUAGAAGCAGCCAUCGAGUUCAUUAGUAAAAUGAGCUACCAGGAUCCUCGUCGGGAACAGAUGGUUGCAGCAGCAGCAAGACCUGUAAACGCAGGUAUGAAACCACCAGGGACCGUGCAGCAAUCGGUUAACCGCAAGCAGAGCUGGAAGGGUUCUAAGGAGUCCCUGGUUCCUCAGAGACACGGCCCGUCCCUGGGAGACGGUGUGGUUUAUCGCUCAGAAAGUCCCAGCUCUCAGCCUGAUGUAGGAAGGCCGUUGUCUGGAUCUGGCAUCGCAGCAUUUGCUCAGGCUCAUCCUGGCAAUGGACAGAGAGUGAACCCCCCGCCUCUCCCGCAGAUAAGGAGUGUCACUCCUCCUCCUCCGCCUCCUCGAGGACAGACACCCCCUCCAAGGGGGACUACUCCUCCGCCUCCCUCCUGGGAGCCAAACUCUCAAACCAAGCGUUACUCUGGAAACAUGGAGUAUGUGAUCACCCGCAUCUCUCCAGUGCCUCCCGGAGCCUGGCAGGAUAGUUACCCACCUCCACCAAUGAAUCCUCCAGCCAUGAAUUCUUCUGGGCAGGGUCAGAGAGGCAUGAGUGCUGUCCCCAUUGGCAGGCAACCGAUAAUCAUGCAGAGUUCAGCCAACAGCAAAUUUAGCUUUCCCUCAGGAAGGGCUGGAAUGCAGAAUGGUAAUUGUCAGGCAGAAUUCAUGGUUCACCAGAACGUUGUGUCUGGGAACUCAGUGAGUCGCCAGCCUCCCCCAUACCCUAUGAACCCAACUAACAGGCAAAGUCCUACAGCACUACAGAUGCAGGCAGGAGGAUCUGCUCCUCCUUCAGCAUACACCAAUGGAAAUAUUCCUCAGACGAUGAUGGUGCCAAACAGAAAUAGUCACAACAUGGAACUUUAUAACACAAAUGUAGCUGGAAUACCUGCGUCCUGGCCACAGCCUCCUCCUGUGCAACCCCAGUCAUCACCUGGCAACGGGCAUGACAUCCCCACGUGGCAGCCCAAUGUUCCCGUGCGCUCAAAUUCUUUCAACAACCAUCACGGAAAUAGGCAGAGCCACUCCAGCAGCUCUCAGCCUUCGGCUACAACGGUAACAGCUAUAACACCAGCUCCCAUUCAGCAGCCAGUGAAGAGUAUGCGUGUGUUAAAGCCGGAGCUGCAGACUGCCUUAGCACCGACUCACCCCUCCUGGAUGCCGCAACCCGUGCAGACCGUUCAGACCAUCCCGUUCUCUGAGAGCCCCUCUCCAAACAUGGCAGUUAUGGCGCCUGUUGCAGAGGCUCCAAACUACCAGGGUCCCCCACCACCUUACCCAAAACACUUGUUACACCAGAGUCCGUCUGUCCAUCCCUACGAGGCAGGACCCAAGCUCAACAAAGAGGAUCCACCUAUUUUAUCCAAGGAAGAAGAGAAUGAGAAGAGUUACGAAUGUGUCGAUUCAACAGACAAAGAAAAGAAACAAAUUACAACAUCACCUGUUCCCGUUAGGAAAAACAAGAAAGAUGAAGAACGACGAGAGUCUCGCAUUCAAAGUUAUUCGCCUCAGGCCUUUAAAUUCUUCAUGGAGCAGCAUGUGGAGAAUAUACUCAAGUCACACCAGCAGCGUUUACAUCGGAAAAAACAACUAGAGAAUGAAAUGAUGCGGGUUGGAUUGUCACCGGAAGCCCGAGAUCAAAUGAGGAAAAUGUUGUGCCAGAAAGAGUCUAAUUACAUUCGGCUAAGAAGAGCUAAAAUGGACAAGUCGAUGUUUGUAAAAAUUAAAACCCUGGGAGUUGGUGCAUUUGGAGAAGUUUGCCUAGCAAGAAAAGUAGAUACUAAAGCUUUAUACGCAACAAAAACUCUGAGAAAAAAAGAUGUGCUGCUUAGAAAUCAAGUCGCUCAUGUUAAAGCUGAGCGGGAUAUCCUUGCAGAAGCUGAUAAUGAAUGGGUGGUUCGCCUGUACUAUUCAUUCCAAGAUAAGGACAAUUUGUACUUUGUAAUGGACUACAUUCCUGGAGGUGAUAUGAUGAGUCUCUUAAUUAGAAUGGGUGUCUUCCCAGAAAAUCUGGCACGGUUCUACACGGCAGAACUGACCUGUGCAGUUGAGAGCGUUCAUAAAAUGGGCUUCAUCCACAGAGAUAUUAAACCUGAUAAUAUUUUGAUAGACCGUGAUGGUCAUAUUAAAUUGACUGACUUUGGGCUCUGUACAGGCUUUCGAUGGACCCAUGAUUCAAAAUACUACCAGAGUGGUGAUCACGCACGUCAGGACAGCAUGGAUUUCAGCAAUGAAUGGGGUGACCCAGCAAACUGCAGAUGUGGAGAUCGGCUGAAGCCACUCGAACGCAGAGCUGCACGUCAGCAUCAGCGCUGUCUGGCCCACUCCCUUGUUGGCACACCUAAUUAUAUUGCACCAGAAGUAUUGCUACGAACCGGUUACACACAGUUGUGUGACUGGUGGAGUGUUGGAGUAAUUCUCUUUGAAAUGUUAGUGGGGCAGCCUCCUUUUCUGGCACAAACACCUCUGGAAACACAAAUGAAGGUUAUCAACUGGCAAACUUCACUUCAUAUUCCACCUCAAGCUAAGUUGACUCCGGAGGCCUCCGACCUUAUUAUUAAACUCUGCCGAGGGCCAGAAGAUCGUUUAGGCAAAAAUGGUGCAGAUGAAAUAAAAGCUCAUCCAUUUUUUAAGACUAUUGAUUUUUCCAGUGAUCUACGGCGGCAGUCUGCUUUCUACAUUCCCAAAAUUGCCCAUCCUACGGACACAUCAAACUUUGAUCCAGUUGAUCCAGAUAAAUUGUGGAGCGAUGAUGAUAAGGAAGGGAAUGUAAAUGAUACCCUGAACGGAUGGUACAAAAACGGAAAACAUCCUGAGCAUGCUUUUUAUGAGUUCACAUUCCGAAGGUUUUUUGAUGACAAUGGCUACCCAUACAACAAUCCAAAGCCCAUUGAGUAUGAGUACGGUAGUUCCCAAAACUCAGAACAGCAGUCUGAUGAUGAUGAUGAUGAAGAACAAGCAGGUAGAGGGGUUCAAAAUCGUGACCUGGUUUAUGUUUAGUAGAGGAAUAAACACUAAAUAAACAGUUUAUUUUGCAGCUGGAUUAUUCAAAAAGUCUCUUCUCUUAACAGAAUUGAGAGAAGACUGCUAGGGUGAAUAUAUGCACGCUCUUUAUUUUGUUUUGAAACACUAAGAUAGUUAUGUCUUCUCUUUCCCUCUCUGUACAUUUUGUUUCCCCAAAAUACCGGGAAAUCUUUCUCAAAUAUUAAUUUAUUCCAUCAUUGUUAAUUGUUUAAUUUAGGAGAGAUUCAAUGUUAGGUGAAAAAAUUAUCACUUGAAUUUUAUUAUCAGUUCUCUGUACUCUAAGUACUUAAAAUAGGAAAUAGUGAUUUAUUUUUUUCCACCCGAAGAUGAUGCCUGGUAUCUAUUUGUACAUAUACUAAAUACUUUUUUAAAAAAACAAAUCCUUGUUCCAGAUUUUUUUUAAUGACAAUUCUUCCUUUGCAUUGACCAAAUAUAAAAUUUACAUUAAUAAAGCUUUCUGAUACGUUUGGGGGGGGGGGAGUGGAACAAGGGUGGGGAAGAGGCUGCUGUACCCUCAUUUCUCACUGUAUUUAGCCUAAUUAUUCACAGUGUUGGGAAAAACUGAGCCAUCUUUCUAGUGAAAUGUUUCCAGCUGCUGCGGUAAUGGUGUAGUUCUCAGCUUUGGAACGAGAAGGUGUCUUGGCUGUAGUAUGAUCGUAAAGUGAUUAACGCAUUAGAAGUGGUCUUUGAUUCAAUACCUAAUCAAAUUUGACACUAGUAAUGCUGUAGUGUGUGAGUGGUACUCGAAGCAGGAGGAGUGCUCGCUCAGAAAGAACGUGAUUGUCUCCUGUCAUCAGUUCUCUUACAGUUAUAAGAGCAAACAAGCUUUAGGAAAAAUACUUUCUGCAAAUUAGUUUAAUUUUCUGAACACAACCAAACUAUAAAAUCUAAAAAAAAAGAAAAUACUGCUUUAGGUAGAAUUUUUAGUUUGAAAACUAAACUUUAGGGUAGUUUAUUGUAUGAUUGAAAAAGUAAUGAGAAAAAAAAAAGUAUAAAUUACAGCUUUUGGGACUGUUGUUGCGGAGACCAGUUUCCCUUGGUUUUAAUAGGUUUCCUCCUAGUGAUGCAGGCAGCGAGGAGAAAUGUUGUGCAUCUGUCUACCUGAGCUGCUUGUUUUCCUCAGCACAGUUUCAGUGGUCCGUCUUUCCCAGCCCAGUUCAGAACAGAAGUAGGAGCUUAGGGCUGUCUGCUGCGUUCCGCGUUACUCUUUUGGUAACUUUCCACGGCAGGUGAGCAGCUUUCCCCUUGAUCUCAUGGCGGGAGGGUGAUGAGCCUGUUGAAGUUACCUGGAGCAGGGAGCAGGGCAACCCUGUCAACGAAUUCCCUGAGACAAGACAGGGAGUUGCAGGUGAGAGGCAGAAAAAAUUACACUUCUAUUUCUCUUUGUCUCUCUCUCCCUCCCCUGAAGCUAACAUGUUAAUAAAUAAAAUGCACUACCUUUUCAAACACUUCAUCCUUGGAGUUGAAUUCCAAUGGAUAGAUGUAAUAAUGUACAUGUAAAGCGUUAGUGCUUUCUUAAAUUAUUACUGUGUGCUAUUGCAUUGUCAUGAUGACUCUCAUAGCUAUUCUGGCAGCAGACACUAGCUUGCUAAUUCAGUUUUCUUACCAAGCUGGUCUAAAGCAUUCUUAUGCGCUUCCAGCCAUUCAUCCACUUUCUGUGCCCCAGUUCAGUGUCUCUCUCCGUGCCAGUGCAGCCACCUAUGGUACUGCACUGUUACUGGAUCAGUGAAAAAACUGCUUGGUGUUCAGUGUCUGGAGGUUGGUUGGUGUUGCUCUGGGGUGUGUUCACCGAAAUGAUCCAGUUUCCAGUGUAGUCCAAAAAAAUGGUUUAUGUUGACAUAACCGAGGGAGGAGUGAAUUGCAGUUCAGACAUCUCCAUGCUGCCAGCCCUCUUUAUCAGACUUAAUCGCAGGACAAAACUUUUUAAGUUCACCCCUCUACUGUGAAGUGCUUAGGAUUAUGAGAUGGUUACAAAACAAAAUUUUAUCAGGUAGUUGCUUGCUACAGUGAAAAUGGGCUUAAUAAAACAAUGUAUGUUCUGUUUAGCAGUUCUACACCUGUUGAAACAGAAUAGCUUUUCAGAUUAAUUUCAUUUAGCUUAAAUAUUAUAAAAUGGCUGCAGUGUAUAGCUACUCCGUUUUAUAUGUUAUGUAAAAAGGAUUGUUUUCAAUGUAAAUAAACGUUUAAAGAUUAUCCUCCUUCAUAGUAAGUAUCCCAGUAAAACUGGUCUACUUUGCUUGGAGUAAAGUAUAAUAUAUUACUGGUUUAAGGUAAUUUAAUGAAACCUACCUUGCCAUUUGUGAAGUUUGCAGAGAAAAUAAUGUCAGUUCUUCAUUAAAUUGACUGUUAAAAUUGCAUUUUUAUCUGAGUAUAUUUCUCCUAUGCCUGCUUUAUAUUACGUUAUAUUCCAAUUUAACAUUAUGACUGUUCUCUAGAUAGCUGUAAAAAAACAAAACAAAAAAUCCAGCCACUACCAUGAAAAAAAAAAAAAAAAAAAGAAACACAAAAGGGUCCAGCAAAGGCACCACACUUCUGUUUUAGCAAAGCCAAUUGUUUUUAUUGAAAAGGAAUUACCGAGUGUUUCAUGGACAUGUGCAAGUACUGAAAUAUUAAAUACUAUUUUACCAUUUUGAAACAAAGGAAAAGCUCCCUCCCAUUUUUAGACUUUGGCUGAUGCUUCUAGCAUUUUCUGUUACCUUGUGUCAGAAGUUGUAAUAUUCCAUGUUUGAAUUUUGCCAUCUAUAUGCUAAAGCAUUAUAUAUUUCUUUGCAAAAAUGCAGCGUGUUACAGUCCAAGUUCUUCUCCAAGAAGAGAAAGUUACUUAUAUAAACGUUGGCACAACUCGCCAACACAGUAUACCUUAUCCAUGUUUUGAAACUUCACGUUUCACACUCUUGAGUCUGUUGAGAUUCUUCAGAGCUGCUGCUUAAAACAUGGGUAUUUCUCUUGUGAUUCAUCAUGGGGAUUGCUUUGUACUGGCAGUUGAGAAGAGAGGCUCCUAACCAGUAGCUGUAGAAUUCUGCAGUAAGUUUUAGUUUGGAUUACUUUCACUUUGUAAAGCAUGAAAAUGAAGUUCUCCUAUGUGCCCUUGUAUACAUAUAAAUUGUAUUUAUAAAAUGUUCUAUAAUCAUGUUACUGUACUGUAAAUACUAUUUGAUAUUCAGUGGCAUUCUAUCCUAGGGCAGGCCCUCUUGCUGUAUCUUUUCUAUCCUCGAUUUGUAAUAGAAUCUAUAGAAUAUAUGGCUGAAAGUCACUUUGAGACUGACAUCUUCUGCUGUUGCAAAGCUCCAAGCUGUGAGUGGGAGUGAUUUAUUUAGACUCCUUUUAAUAUUAGCUAAUAGUGUGGUGGGUGGGUUCUUAGAUGCUGCUGCUGUCACCCAAGAUACCUUUAGGCAUUGGUCUUUGGCGUUUCAGAUCGGACCUUUUAAUCUGUUUGCUUUAACUCAGUCAAAGCAAGAAGAUGCUGAGUUGGAUCGAUGUCCCAGUAAAAUGCUUGAAUGCCUUAAGAUGCUCUUGAUAAAGACACUAUUCAAGUUUACUGAUUUAUCUAUAUAAGCAUAUAGAUAUAUUCUGUGUGUGUAUAUGUAUAUAUAAUGUCUUUUUUGUAUUAUAAACUUUCUUUUUGGAUCCUCCAAUUAAAUACAUAGAUCACUGCACAA